GGGUGACCAUGCACAUCGUCGCCGACCCGAACAAUGACCCACGGCGAUACAAUCAACCAGCUGCUCAUGUGAACGAGGUAGCAGUUGUCUUUGUUGGUGAAGAUGGUCUACCACCAGGGAAUCUCGAUCUGGUCAUCUAUGACUCAAACCCAGUUGACCCAAAUCACCGGAUGCAAAGCAUAUCAGCUGGCUCACCUCAUGCAGAUCCAAUGCUCUUUCCACGUGGAGAAAUCGGCUGGCAUUACAACUUGCAACAAGAGGGAGUCCGCCAGAACGCAGUGCGUGUUCGGAACUCUAUCAGAGAGUUUGCUUCUUCUCGCUUGGCCAUCAGAUACACAGGAACCAAUAGCAAUGGGAAUGAAGGCCAUACGUUUAGUUUAUUACACGCAGGUGGUUUUUUGUUACAGCAGUACAUAUGUGAUCAGUACGUUCGCGUGGAAGCGAACAAUCUACCAGAAAGCACUCUUUGCUGACGCCUAUCAAGGCCUUCUGGACCAUAUUAACCAACAGCUCCGCCUGGACGAAAUCGAUCCGGUCGGAAGCAGGACAAUUCUGCCUUCGACGUUUCUAGGUGGUCCUAGGUACAUGAAACAAUGUUACCACGACGCAAUGUCCCUUGUGCGUAAGUACGGAAAGCCGGACUUAUUCAUAACAUUUACGUGUAACCUUAGGUGGCCAGAGAUAGUAGAUAACAUUCCGUGUUGGUUGAAGGCAACCGACAGGCAUGAUUUGGUUGCAAGGGUGUUUCACGCAAAACUGAAGGAGCUAAUGCGUGACAUCACGGUUAAUACGUUGUUUGGUAAUGUAGAUGCUUAUGUUUACACUAUUGAGUUUCAGAAACGUGGUCUUCCACACGCACAUAUACUAAUCAUCAUGGAUGAGGACAGCAAGUUACUAACUGCCGAAGACGUCGACAGUGUUGUGUGUGCCUACUUGCCUGACCCUGCAUCCGAAAGGCGCCAACUCGACAGUGUGAAAUCGCACAUGAUCCAUGGUCCCGAGGAGACUGUAUACAUUUCUGAUGGUGGUUACCCGACUUAUCGUAGACCGAACAAUGGACUUGUGGUCAACGUCAGAGGUCAUCCUGUUGUAAAUGAGUUUGUUGUUCCAUACAACCCAUACUUGCUGGUCAAGUAUGAUGCCCACAUAAACGUUGAGGUGUGCUCUACUGUGAAGAGCCUAAUGUAUUUGUAUAAAUACGUCUACAAUGGCCAUGACGCAGCUAUCUUGGAAAUUUGGAAUGGGGAUGAAAUUGAAAAGUAA